AUGAAUUCAAUAGAAAUCGUUGAUAUUGAUGAAAUAGAAGAUGUUGAUGAUGGUGAGAUAGUGGAAAUCAUAGAUUCUGAACCUGAAGAAGUUGAUCAAAAUAAUCAAACUUUUGAUAUUAUACCAUUGGAUUCUUCACCAAUAAAUUCAAGUUUUAAGGCAAGAGAUAUUAAAGGUGGUGGUCAAGGUGGUAAUGGUACUGGUGGUACUGCUGGUGAUCUGUUGACAAGAAUAUUGGAAGAUAGUGAUGAUGAAAUUACAAUAAGACCUCAUAAACAAAAAUUAUUUGUUCCUUCUUCAAAUACAAGUACUCCAAUAAAACCUCAAAAAGUACACAAUAAAGAUAUUUCAAAUACUUCAAUAAUACCAAUAAGUUCAAGUUCUCAACAUUUAUCAAAACCAACAAGAACCAAGUUUUUAUCAAGUUCACAAGAUAAAAUUGAUUCUUCAUCUUCAAUUGGUGAAAUACGACAAACUAAAUCUAAAAUUCAACCAAUUUAUCCAAUAUAUGAUUUAGAUCCAAAUCAUAAUAUUGAAUUAUCUGAUGAUGAUAAUGACCAGGAAGAAGAAGAUCAAGAUGAUGAUGAUGAAAAUUCUCCAAACAAGUUCCUAAAUAAACUUACAAAACUUACAAAUAAUAAUAAAAAACGUUCAAAACAUAUUAAAGCACAAUCUGAAUUAGAAAAAUUAAAAUAUGAAGAAAAAAAUGAUUAUAAUUGGCCAAAACCAAUUGAUUAUUCAAAACCAAGCCCCAAGCAACAAGAAAAACAACUUCAAGAAAGAUCUGAUUUAUCUUCAGAUCCUAUCCAAGAUAUUUCAUUUAAUAAAAAAUCAUUUUCUGAAACUGAAUUACCAAAUAUAAACCCAAUAUCUUCAAGACCAACAAAAAGAAAUAAUACAACAAAUACAACAACAACAAAAUUAACAAAAGAAGAAAAAGAACUUUUAAAAAGACAAAAAUUACAAGAUAAAUUUGAUAAACAACAAUACCAGGAGGCAAAUCGUGUUAAUAGAAAAAAAGAUGAUUUAUUAAAUGAAAUGAUUUUAAAAUUACCCCAAGGUAUAAUUAAUGAAUUUAAAAAAAUUGAUAAUUAUGAAAUUGAAUUAAAUCCAAUUCAUGUGGAACCAUGGAAUCAAGAUUUGAAUUGUAUUUCAUGGUUUAGGAAAAUAAAUUCAAUUUAUGAACCUAAUGAAGAUUGUUUUAAACCAAUAUCUAAUCAAAGAAUUAUUCAAGAAAAUCAAUGUGUCUUAUGUUUUACAGCCCAAGAAUUUAUACUUAUGAUGGAACUUGAAACAUUAUUAAAUAAAUUUCAAAAUUUCCAAAAAUCAAAUCCUCAAUAUAAAAACAUUAUAAUUUUAAUUAUUGAAUAUGAUUCUUUUUUACAAAAAUUAAAAGUCCAAGAAAAUAGAACAUAUACUGCAAAAGUAAGAUCAAGAAUGACCCAGGAUGAAUCAGAACCACAACCAGGUCAAACAACCAAAAGACGUAAAACAACAAAAUCAAAAACUUUAACAACAUUAUCAAGUGAAGAAAUUGAAUCAGAAAUUUCAAAUUUACAAGUUAAUGGAUUUAAAAUUUUUCCAACAAAAAAUUUACAUGAAACUUUGAUUUGGUUAAAAUCAAUGACUUAUACCAUUUCAUCAUCUCGAUAUGAUAAAUUUGAAAGAAACCAGGAUUUGGCAAAUAUUGGUACAAUAAAAUCAGGUUCAUCAACUCAUGAUACUUAUUUAAAAAUGUUAUUACAAUUUAAAUUCAUGACUGAAAUUAAAGCAAAUAGAAUUAUUGAUUCAAUACCUUCAUUAGGUGAUUUAUAUAAAUAUUGUACAAGAGGUUAUUUACCAAAAGGUGCAGAUGGGAAAAAUUUAGUUAAUAAAAAUGUUGAAAAUUCAAUAAUUAAAUUAUUUUCCACUUUAAAUGAUGGGGAAUUAAUUGAAAGGUGA